AUGACUAUACCCAAGACGCUGCCCGAGUGCUGGGGUCAUCGCGGAGCUUCCGCUGCAUACCCGGAGAACACCCUCGCGAGCUUCGAGGCGGCGAUCCGCGACGGCGCGGAAGGCAUAGAGAGCGACGUCCAUGUCUCCGUGGACGACGUCGUCAUCAUGUUCCACGACCCGUCAUUGGAUCGGACCACGAACGGCAAAGGUCUCAUCAGGGAACAAAACUGGUAUGGGCCGGAGGGCAUGGAGCACCUGAGGACGAUCAAGGAGCCCAAGCAGUCUAUUCCUACCUUCGCCGAGACCGUCGCGCUCCUCAUGAAGCCGGAGAACCGCCACGUGCAGUUCAACAUUGAUGUAAAGGUACAGAACACGCCCGUGCGGCUGUUCGCGCUCAUGCACGCGAUUAUCUCCGCGCAGCCGGAGUGGGAGACCGCGCUCGCCCCGCGCAUCCUGCUCGGGCUGUGGCACCCGUGCUUCCUCCCGCACGCCAAGGAGCACCUGCCGUACCUCCGCCGGUCGUACAUCGGCGUGAGCACGAAGGUCGCCCGCACGUUCUUCUGGGACGACUGCGAGGUGUUCUCGAUUCUCUUCGUCGAGCUCACGACCUAUGAUGGAGAGAAGUUCAGGCAGGAGUGUAAGGCUGCGGGGAAGAAGAUCAUGGUGUGGACCGUGAACGACCCGGAGCAGAUGGUCGAGGCCGUCCGAUGGGGCGUCGACGUCAUCCUCACGGACGUCACGAAGGUGUGGUUAGACCUGCGGAAAGCGCUCCGCGCCGACUUCGAGAACACCGCCGCCAAGCACGGCCGGUCGUUCCUCUGGACGACGUGGUGGUACUACUUCCCCGUGCGGCUGCUCAUCUACUACGUGGUCAUGUACCGCCUCCAGAGCAGCAAGGGGCCCUUCCGCGUGAUAGAGGCCGACACCGCGGUCGCGGCGUGA